AUGGCGGCGGCCGCUCGGAUGGACCUGCCUCAGGGCCAUGUGACCUUUGAAGAUGUGGCCAUGUACUUCUCCCAGGAGGAGUGGGGGCUCCUUGAUGAAGCUCAGAGACUUCUGUACCACAAUGUGAUGCUGGACAACUUUGGACUUACAUCCUCGCUCGGUAAGUCAGAUGCAUCAGCCCAGAAGGUUCAUGUCUGUGAGAUGUGUGUCCCUGUCAUGAAAGACAUUUUGUACCUGGCCAAACCCCCAGGAACACAUCCUAGGAAGAAGUCGUACACAUGUUGGGCAUGUGGGAAACAAUUCUGGUUGAACACAGACCUUCACCACCACCACCAGAAGGAACACACUGGAGAGAAACCAUUUAGGAAGGACAUGGACAGGGCCUACUUUGUGAAUAGCUGUACAUUCCAUGCAUCAGAGAAGCCCUUCACCUGUGGGAAGAUUGGGAAGUGUUUCCCAACCAACAUGAGCCUACUUCAGCUCCAUUCAUGGACUCCUAACAGGGCAAAACCACACAGUACUGAGUGUGGUGAGGCCUUUCACAAUGGAAAAACUCGUUACAAGUGUGGCGAAUGUGGGAAAAGCUUUAGCCGCAAACGCACGCUUGUUCAGCACCAGAGAGUCCACACUGGAGAAGGGCUUUAUCAGUGCAGUGAAUGUGGGAAAGCCUUCAGCUACAAACAUACACUUGUUCAGCACCAGAGGAUUCACACUGGAGAAAGACCUUAUGACUGCAGUGAAUGUGGGAAAGCCUUCAGGUUGAAAUACAAACUUGUUCAGCACCAGCGAAUUCACACUGGAGAAAGACCUUAUGAAUGCUGUGAAUGUAGGAAGGCUUUUGGGUGCAAAUCCAAACUUGUUCAGCACCAGAGAAUUCACACUGGAGUAAGGCCUUAUGAGUGUGGCGACUGUGGGAAAUGCUUUAGACAAAGUUCAAGCCUCGUUCAACACCGGAGAAUUCACACUGGUGCAAGGCCUUAUGAAUGUAGUGAAUGUGGGAAGUGCUUUAGCCAGAGUUCCAUCCUCAUUCAACACCAGAGAAUCCACACUGGAGCAAGGCCUUAUGAGUGUAAUGAAUGUGGGAAAUGCUUUAGACAAAGCUCCAGCCUCAUUCAGCACCAGAGGGUUCACACUGGAGCAAGGCCUUAUGCGUGCAGUGAGUGUGGGAAAUCCUUUAGCCAAAGCUCUAGCCUCAUUCUACAUCAGAGAAUUCACACUGGAGAAAGGCCUUAUGAAUGCAGAGAAUGUGGAAAAUGCUUUAGCCAAAACUUUGUCCUUGUUCAACACCAGAAACUUCACACCAGCCAUGCUGGCGUGAAGCCCUAUGAGUGCAAUGAGUGUGGGAAAGCCUUCCGUGAGAGAGCAGACUUUGUUCGACACUUGAUGAUCCACACCGGAGAGAAGCCGUACAAGUGCACUGAGUGUGGGAAAGCCUUCAACCGCAGAUCCUACCUCAGCCAGCACCAGCGGAUCCACACCGGGGAGAAGCCCUAUGCAUGCACUGAAUGUGGGAAACACUUCACUCAGCACUCCAAUCUUGUACAGCAUCAGAGGACCCACACUGGAGAAAAACGCUUCUCUUGCAAAGCGUGUGGCAAAGCCUUUUGUGACAGCUCUUCCUUAAGUCGCCACAAGAGGAUUCAUGCCGACAAGAAGCCGUAUGAGUGCAGUGAGUGUGGGAAGGCCUUCAGCCUCAGGGUAAGACUGAGCCAACAUCAGAAGAUCCAUACUGGGGAGAAACCUUACCAGUGCCCAGAAUGUGGAAAGGCUUUCAGCUUCAGCUCAAAGCUCAGUCGCCAUCGAAGGAUCCACACUGGAGAGAAAGCUUUUGUUUGUGGGAACCACCGGCGGUUGAUCCUGGAAGUGAGCGCUGCGUGGGUCGCCCUCGUGUGCCCGCUCCUCAGAGAUCCCAGCGAGUUGCUGGAGAGAGCCACCUGGCAGGGCGACACCCAGAGGCCGGACGGACUCAGUGCGCUCGCUGCUCCCUUGGGUAAUGAGCCACCUUCUUCCCUAGUCCUUGGCCCGCCUUACCAGGAGACCGUGGGCCUGCCCAGCGGGGCUCCAGUUCCACAUCCGCCAGUGGGCUCCCACUAG